AUGUCUGAUCCCAUCACAGCGACCAUCCAGGUGGCCCAGCUAGGCAUCUCUGCCGUCAGAGCUGGAGCAGCCAUCGCCAACGCAUGGAGCAACCGAAGUCAGCGAAAGGCUGCCGAACCGUCGACAGAAAGUGCCGCAAACGGGAACCCCUUCCAAGGAGCGUCGAUCGAGGAGAUUCUCUUGGUGCUGGCAACGCUGGGCCAACGCCUCCUAUUGCUUGACGUGGUCGACUUCGAUGUCCUUCCCCAGGCCUCUGAAGCGGUGCGCUCGGCCAUGCGUGCUGUGGACUCAAAGUCCGACGAUGUAGGCGAAGAUUUCGACGACCUUGAGCCCAUCUUGCAGCAUCUCGUUGCCUGUGCCUAUGUCUUUUGCGCAGCAUGUCACCCAAUGCCCAUUUGGCAUGGAUUUGGCUGUGCCAUCAUGGAUCGUACAGACUGGGCUACGCCUGAGAAGCCAAACUACUGGAUCAACGACGUCGAUAAAGGCAUCGCCUUCUUGAAAAGCGUGCCUCAGCCCUGGAAGCUAUUGAAGAAAUCGCCCUCCGCAAUCAGCAAAGAGGAGCCCGACUUUGAGAAGACUGACAAGAAAUCUCGAAAGCUGAUGGAAGGUGUUCUGGAAGACGUGGUCAAGCAAUUUGAGAAACACGGGAUGCCGCAACCACUGCCUCCAAACAAUGGAAUCGUUAUUCGAACCUGGGGAUUCGCAUUUGCGACGUAUGGAGGCAGCUCUUUCUACAUGGAUGUCGGACACAACACGAAACUUGUCGCGCGCUUUCAAGCCGACGCAGGUCGAUUCUUGUACGCAUGGACAGUGGGAGAGCGAGCUGACCUUCGUGCUGGAGAUGCCAUCGUCUUCUGUGGCAAACACAUCGGUGCACUUGCCGAAUGGCUGGAAGGGCUCAAUGGGAUGAGCCACAAGGUGCUGAAAGACACGGAGCUGGAUUGGUCCAAAGUCAAGUUCAAGUCCUCGACUCGCAAGUUGUACAAAGCUCACUGCGGUCACGAACAAGGCCUCAACGAUGAAGCAUUUGUCAUGGUUCGCAAUCCCGAUCCGAUGGCGCACAUUGCGAAACGACUCGACGAGCUCCAUUUCGUGCCUACAAAUGUCACUGCAUCCGCAGCCCCUACCGCAAGCCCCGUCAAUCCGGUCGACCUUGACGAUAAGAAAGGAGCGAGAGUCUCCAUCAGUUCCAUCUCUCCCCCACAAAGUCCAAUCCGAAACUCUGUCUCGAAUCCACUGUCACCAACCAUCGUACCAGUCGUAAGGCGAAAGCCGGUUGCUCGAGGAGACAGCCAGGUCAGCGGGACGAGCACCGCCGACAGUCAAAGUAACGCAGGAAGCACGGCACCUACAUCGCCCAUCUCGACUCAAGCCAGCCCCUGUCCGAUCCCGUCCAACCCAGCCUCACCCUUGGAGCCUUCACUCACCAGCUUACCAUCGCCAGGACUGGCAGACACCUACGCCCUACCUUCCGGAUGGGAGGAGCGCCAUCUCCCGGAUGGAAGAUCCUACUACAUUGACCAUGUAACCCGCACCACCUCAUGGGAGCGUCCGGCGAUGACAGACCCAGCGGCACCUCCAUCUUACGAGGCCUCGACUGCGCCAGAGCCUGAGAAGCCGUUACCGCCCGGCUGGGAAAUGAGAAUAGAUCCACAGCGGAGACUCUAUUAUGUUGAUCAUAACACACAGCUUUCGACGUGGGAGAGGCCGGUCGGUUGA